CAGUGACGCACUCAUCAGAAGUAGAGUCAAGUGCGUGUUUUAAACUGUGCGGUUUUACUCUACGAUCGAACGUUACUUCUUACGGUACAUGAGGGAUAACCCGUACGCGUCCACAAUGGACAAGCUCCUGAUCGUUUGGUUCCUUCUAGUUUUGGGGUUGGUCUACUUCAACUUCGCUUCGGCCCAGCUUCGUGGCCCUGAAGGCGCGGUGUGCACUCGUCAGGCGUCCCGACAGGUCAUGUACACUGUGGAGAACAGGAGAAAACGGGACCGUUCAUCCGGCAUGUGGGGCUACCUGGGGAUGUGGGACGUCUUCGGGGUUAAAACGGCCAGAAACCCCCGAAGUUUGCAGACUGUUUACGCCACGGAGUACUUCAUUGACUACGAGUGUUGCGUGGGCUGGAACAGGAUCGGAGACACCUGCCAGGCUGACUGCUACAGCCCAUGUGAACACGGCCUGUGUGUUGACACGAACGUCUGUGUAUGUGAUGAAGGCUGGGAAGGCCAGCAGUGUGAACACGAUGUGGACGAGUGCUGGUAUGAGACAGACGAGUGUGACCGUGAGAACGGCGCCUGCACCAACACAGAAGGGUCUUACAACUGUACCUGCAACGACGGGCUACACCUUAUCAACGGGACAGUUUGCCAUGAAAUCCCGGACACGGACGAGUGUACUACAGACAGUGGCGGCUGUGAUCAGAGCUGUCAUAACACACACGGGUCGUACUACUGCACCUGUGACGCAGGGUACACCUUAGCUGCCGACAGACACACCUGUACAGAUAUCAACGAAUGCGCCACAAACAACGGAGGGUGUGAGCACUUCUGCAGAAAUGUGCCAGGCGGCCGGGCGUGCAGCUGCAGGAAUAAUCACCGCCUAGUUGAUGGGCACGUGUGUCGAGAUGAUGACAUGUAUCCGUACCGGGAGGAGGCUGGUGAGACGCCCCGUCGGUGGGACUUCUCAACCUGCACCGAAGAGUCUCUGCCGCAAGAGGGCUUCCGUUUCUUCGGACGGCGUCACCACGAGAUACACAUCUGUGACAACGGUAUCGUCAGCUUUGAUCGCAUCAACCGCCCGCGGAAUCCAGUACUGAUACAGAACACUUUCGGCUUUCGCAAAGCCGCCGUUCUGGUACCCUUCCUGGCCAGGUACAAAUGCGUCGCGGCUGAACUUUCCAACACUGAAGUUCUGGAUAACCUUCCUGAAGACGAGAGGACGAAAAUCUACUACAGCUUCUACGAGAGAGGUGACGGGAAGAACGCCACAGACGAGGUACUGGAGAGGGCAAGGGAGGACGGGAGAUCGAUCCCAUUGUACUUCUCUCCAACCUAUGAACCAGUGUGGGCGCUUGUAGUGACUUGGACCAGGGUUCCCCCUGACUGCGGCAUGUAUGCCGGCGGGGUGUGUCCGCGACCACACGACCAACUCCCGGUAAAUGAUUUCCAACUGGCCAUAUCGACCAACGGGACCCACUCCUACGCUACGUUUGUAUAUCCCGCAAGGAAACAAGAGUGGGUAAGCACAGAUGAAGCAAGGGAAGGAGGAACGCGUAAGUGUCCGAAGGCUGGUGGCACCAUAGCUGUGGGGGGUUACAGUGCAGGAGACGGGACGGGUCCUUACCCUUACACCCCUGCCACUAACUCCAGUCUGGUGUACAGCGGUAGGGACUUCUCCGGACAAGACUGCACCAGGCAGAGACUUUCUCCCGCGACGGAGGUGUCCAUGAGGUAUCUGUAUCAGGUAUACGGAGGAAACUGGAAGUUCGCCCUCCAGCCCCAGGAGGACACAGCAGUACCGGAGUCAGCGGUGGUGGAGUGUUCACGGUGGAUGAGAGAACAGAUAGUGGAGGAUCCUACUCAGCUGCUCGGCUACAGUGCCUUACCUCCCGUCUUCUCCUGUCCCUGUUCCGCAGAGCAGGCGUUCUAUGAUCCAACGUACACGGUAGAUAGCUCUCAGUUCGGCCAGUCUCGGUUCUGCGCCCGGAGCAGGCGGCGGGUCCACACGCUGGUCGGCGCGGAGAAACUCAUUAUGUCUCGGUCCUGCUGCUACUCCACGGCGUACUGGUGGAGACAGUGGGGGAGGAUAGAGCGUUUUAGACGGCGCCGGCUUGGACGGAACAGGAUAGGCGGGGGGACGCUUCUGACGGGCCAUGCCGGUGGUCAUCUUAUUAUUAACGACCAGGCUGAUGAUGAGGCUGCCUACCAGUCCUGCUGUGUUGGCGCCUCCGGCACGAGGGACGGCUGGUACUGUCAGAGGUUCCAAACUCUGCGGCCACUGACCGCGCCGUCUGCUCCAGGGUGUCAAAACUACCCCGUACACAUUGGCUGGACGUGGUUCCGCUGGGAUCCCCACUUCACAACCAUGGACGGCGUCAGCUACACCUUCAACGGGCUGGGGGAAUACGUCAUCGUCGACGUGGACAACGGGCUGUACCAGGUUCAAGGCCGAACAACUCUUGCGCCAGGAAGCAGCCACGCAACUGUCAUCUCUGCAGUUGUCAUUAGUGAGAGGGGAAAACUCCCCAUACAGACAAACAUACUCGGCAACUCCAGCCUGGAUCUCUACGUAAACGGCAGUUUGGCGGACACCUCUGUUUUUAAGAACAAUGAAGAGAUAGAGGUCGGAGACAACGCCGUCAUCCUUAAGCCCUCAGACAACUCUGUUCUCGUCGUCUUCCUCAGUGGGGUGGCUGUCAAAGUCUCCGCAAAGAAGGGCAUGCUGGCCGUGGAGUUCUCGGCCCCUCCUGAGUUCCGCGGGAAGGUGCGGGGUCUGCUGGGCCGGUGGGACGGAGACCCGGGUAACGACUUCGAGGCGUUCAACGGAACCGUGUUCUCAGCUGAGUCUACGGAACAGGAGCUGUAUGGUUUCGGAAAUUCAUGGAAGGUCACGGCAGACGAUGGACCCAAGAAGUCCUUAUUUAUCUACAAGGAUGGAGAAGACGUGAACAGUUUUACUUCCGCCGACUACCAGCCCAAGUACACAGACGAACUGGUCUUCGACGACCCGGAAUUGGAGACCAGAGCGCGUGAGAUCUGCGACAAUGACACGGAGUGCCUGUUCGACGUGAGCCAGACGGGAGACCUGGAGGUGGCGGUCAUCACUGUCGAGGGAAAGGAGGAGUUUGCGAGUCAGACGGCUGCUCGUGAUCGCUUCCCCCCGACUGUAAGCGGGCCGGACGCAGUUUACGCCACUGUUAACAGCACAGUGACUAUCCGCAUCAACGCUUCAGAUCCGAACAACGGUCCACUCGUGUUCAGUCUCGGGGAGGACGUGCCGAACACUAGUGUAGAUCUGACUGCUGAUGGGGACGUGGCAACGGUUACCUGGCAGGUCAAUUCUGACGCACCAUUCAAGCUGAGAGUGGACGUAUUUGGCUCGGAGAACACGUCAGCGCAGUACUGGCCCGUGGUGUACAUGUGUUCCUGUCUGCACGGGGGGAACUGUGACAACAGCCGAGACCCUGAUCCUGCGUUCGCGGGAGGAGAGACAAAGUUUGUGCAGAGAAGCUGUACCUGCGCACCUGGCUACACCGGAGACCGGUGUGAGGAGGACGUGGACGCCUGCCUGCUGAACUUCUCCCCGUGCUUCCCCGGCGUGACGUGUGAGGACCUCCCCGCGCCAGCCGGGGCCGGCCCGGGCGGGUUCACCUGCGGGAACUGUCCGACUGGAUACACAGGAGACGGAUUUGACUGUCAAGAUCUUGACGAGUGCGCCACGUCAGAUGGAGCCGUGUGCGCCCACAGCUGUGAGAACUACCCCGGUACCUUUAUCUGCUCCUGUGAUGACGGGUUCGAACUCGCAGAGGACAAAGUCUCGUGCCAAGACAUACACGAGUGUGCCAUGCAGCUGAACAACUGCAGUCAGCAGUGUGAGAACACAGAAGGGUCCUUCAACUGCCUCUGUCAGGACGGGUUCACACUGGCUUCUGACGGGCAAGACUGUGAGCCUGACAAUCCGUGCAGUGCAGAAAAUGACCCGGGAUGUGACUCCGGCUGGUGUAUCACUAACGACCUCGGUACGGCAGAGUGCGUCUGUAGGGCGGGGUAUGUGCUGUCAUCUGACAACAGGACAUGUGAAGACUAUGACGAGUGUUCCGCCGGUGGUCACCACUGUUCUCAGCUGUGCAACAACACCGCUGGGGGGUACAGCUGCUACUGUGGAGAGGGGUACUACACUGAUGAAGACAAGGGCCAUCUGUGUUUGGACAUUGAUGAGUGCUAUGAGGGGGCAGACAACUGUACAGACCUGGAGACGUGUGAGAACGAUCCCGGCUCCUUCCACUGUACCUGUACAGAGGACGCUGUACUAGUGGGAGACACAUGCGUGCUUG